AUGCCAAAUGGCGCGUGGAUUCUGGCCACGGCCGCGAGAGGGUCGUCGCCAACGUUGCGACAGUUUCUUGAACGGGACAAGAAAGAACGCUUGGAAGGUGGUGACCCAAUAUACGCCCACAAAUAUGCGACACCCAGACCACUGCAACUGUCAGCCAAGCCCGCAGAAGCAAAGCCCGCAGAAGCAAAGCCCGCAGAAGCAAAGCCCGCAGAAGCAAAGCCCGCAGAAGCAAAGCCCGCAGAAGCAAAGCCCGCAGAAGCAAAGCCCGCAGAAGCAAAGCCCGCAGAAGCAAAGCCCGCAGAAGCAAAGCCCGCAGAAGCAAAGCCCGCAGAAGCAAAGCCCGCAGAAGCAAAGCCCGCAGAAGCAAAGCCCGCAGAAGCAAAGCCCGCAGAAGCAAAGCCCGCAGAAGGCUCAGAGCCAUUUGAACCAUUUCAUUAA